AUGGCUGGCUCAAUCAACAAACCCAAGAAGCCAAAGUCCAAGAGGACCCCCGUGCGCCUCCGCCACAAGAUCGAAAAGGCGUCGGCGGCCAAGCAGAGGAAACAGAGAAAACUCGCCAAGCAGAACCCGGAAUGGCGGUCCAAGCUCAAGAAGGAUCCCGGCAUCCCGAAUCUGUUCCCCUACAAGGAAAAGAUCCUUGAGGAGAUUGAGGAGAAGAAGCUGCGGAAGCAGGAGGAGGCGCAGAAGCGCCGCGAGAUGGCAAAGGCUGCCAAGACGGGCGGUGUCACCGAGGCUACGUCGACGGGCCAGGACGUCAUGGCCGAUGUUGAGGACGACGACAUGAUGUUUGACGACGACGACGUCGACGAGUCGAACCCCAUGGCUGCCCUGCUGGCGAGUGCGAGGGCCGCUGCUGAGAGCUACGAGAAGGACCUCCGCGACGGCGGCGAUGACGACGAGAUGGACGACGACUCGGACGACUCGGACGCCGCGCCCGAAAUCGCCGUCGGUAACGCCACCUCCCGCAAGGCGUUCGACAAGGUCUUCAAGAACGUCGUCGAGCAGGCCGACGUCAUCCUUUACGUCCUCGACGCCCGCGAUCCCGAGUCCACCCGCUCCCGCGACGUCGAACGUAGCGUCAUGGCGGCCGCCAACGGUGGCAAGCGCCUCAUCCUCGUCGUCAACAAGAUCGACCUCGUGCCCCCCAAGGUCCUCAAAGACUGGCUCGUCCACCUGCGCCGCUACUUCCCGACCCUGCCCCUGCGCGCCUCCAACGCGGCCCCCAACGCCCAGACCUUCAACCACAAGGAGCUGACGGUGCAGAAGACGUCGGCCGACCUGUUCCGCGCCCUCAAGUCCUACGCCGCUAGCCGCCAGCUCAAGCGCGCCGUCUCAGUCGGCGUCAUCGGCUAUCCCAACGUCGGAAAGUCCUCCGUCAUCAACGCCCUCCUCGGCCGCCUCAGCGGCGGCCGCGGCGCUUCCAAGGCGUGCCCCGCGGGCGCCGAGGCUGGCGUUACGACGAGCAUCCGCGCCGUCAAGAUCGACAGCAAGCUCACCCUCCUCGACUCCCCGGGUAUCGUCUUCCCCUCGGCCAACAACAGCGCGACCUCCGGCCUGGUGUCGCUCAAGAACGCGACCGACGCCCACGCCCACCUCGUGCUGCUCAACGCUGUGCCCCCUAAGAACAUCGAGGACCCCAUCCCCGCCGUCACUCUUCUCCUGCGCCGGCUGUCUGCCACCCCUGAUCUGCUGCAGAAGCUGACGGACGUUUACGACCUGCCCCCGCUACUGCCGAGCCGCGCCGAUGGCGACAUCACGACCGACUUCCUCGUCCAGGUCGCGCGGAAGCGCGGCCGCCUCGGCCGUGGCGGCAUCCCCAACAUCAACGCCGCCGCCAUGACCGUCGUUACCGACUGGCGCGACGGCCGCAUCCAGGGCUGGGUUGAGGCCCCCGUCCUGGCCGUGCAGGGCGAUGGCGCUGCCGCUGCGGCGCCCGUCAGCGACGAUGUCGGCGCGGCGGACCAGAAGACCAUCGUCACGGAGUGGGCCCAGGAGUUCAAGCUUGACGGCCUGUGGGGUGACGAUAGUGCUGCUGCUGCUUCCGCCGCCGGUGACGACGAGGCUAUGGAGCAGUAA